AUGACCGACAUUGCGUCCGAAGAUGGCGACGGAGUUGCUCGAGAGCAAACAAGGACGACUGCUGGUCAGAGAAGGAGUUUCCGCGCCACCGACUCCCGCCCUGGUACUGCGAGGACUGGCUUGUCCUCGUCACGCGGCGCUUGGGCGCAAGCGACUCCGCUGAGGAAAGGUAUGCAGAGAGGAAGUAGUAUAAGUGGCAGCAUCAAAAGUGGCCGCCCGAUUAGCUCUACAGGUCGAACCCACGUACCUUUGGCUUCCCAUGCCUUCUUUCAUCCCAUGAGUUCUCAGAAGCUCCAAGCUCAGAGAGGCGCGCAACGAAGUAGUAGUGGCAUACAGCACGGGCUAAGCGUCGAAUAUGUACAGGAUGACAAUGAGUCUCAUAUCGCACCUCAGGACGUUACUACCUCGAGACCCGCACCCCUCCUAGUCCGUCAUAUGACAGAUGAUGGGGACGCGCAACUACCUCCCUCUAGGGGCACUGAGAUUACAGAGCCGUAUGAUGGUAUUACCGCCACUACAAGUCCGACCCGUGGCCACCACCCUACAGGCAGUCUUAGCGAGAGUAUGCGCCCAUUGCAGAGGAAGGCUGGGGAGAAAGGCCUUAAUCUAGACCUCGGCAAAACUAAGACCUACAGAGAUCACGAAAAUCUACCCAGCCCUGUUAGGUCACCACGAUCUUUCAGAUCAGGACUUUUCUUACCGACGAAACCGACGAAAGGCGAGUCUGCGGCCACCCCUGCGAAUCGUAAUAUGCAUGGCGCAGAAAAGUUGUCUUCUGGCGCAUCGUCUCCUCGGUUUACCCCUGCUACGGUUAACAUGCCGGCCACAAAAGCUAAGGCAACCAAGGAGAAGGCACAGGGCCAUGGCUAUAAUCAUGAGUAUUUUGAGGGUAAUACUGUAUUCUGCAUUGGAGGCCGUCUGCAAAAUACGCGCCACCGGCCUAUCAACAUUGGGACUGGCCUCCUUAUUGUCUUACCAGCUAUUCUCUUUUUCACAUUCUCUGCGUCCUACUUGUGGCAUCAUGUUUCGCCUGCUGUGCCUAUCAUUUUUGCCUACUUGUUCUAUAUCUGUAUCUCGUCUUUCCUUCGCGCAUCAGGUUCAGAUCCAGGAAUCCUACCCCGGAACAUCCACCAAUUUCCCCCGGCGGAUGAACAUGAGGACCCUCUGCGUUUGGCACCCCCGACUAACGACUGGACUCUGAUCAAAUCCGCCGAGUCGAGCACUGCAGCAAUGGAAGUACCAACGAAAUACUGCAAAACUUGCAAUAUUUGGCGUCCUCCUCGAGCUCAUCAUUGUCGUUUGUGCGAUAACUGUGUUGAGACCCAGGACCAUCAUUGUGUGUGGAUCAACAACUGUGUUGGAAGGCGCAACUACAGAUAUUUCUUUACCUUUAUAGCUUCUGGUACUCUCCUGGCAGUUUACUUGGUUGGCGCGUCGCUUGCUCAAGUAGUGGUGUUUUCGAAUGAGGAGAAUGUGUCCUUUGGAGCAGCAGUCAGCCACUUCCGAGUUCCAUUCGCUAUGGUUAUCUAUGGGUUCAUAUGCCUCCUGUACCCCGCGGCUUUGAUGGGCUAUCACCUCUUCCUUAUGGCUAGAGGAGAAACAACCAGAGAGUUCCUCAAUUCGCAGAAGUUCUUGAAGAAAGAGCGGUAUAGAGCGUUCGCUCAAGGUAGCAUAUGGAAGAACUGGGUUGUAGUGUUGUGUCGCCCACGACCACCAACCUACUACCGUUUCAAGCAUCGAUUCGAGGAAGGAGAUCAACGGUUUGGGGUGCGCCGGAAUCAACAUGGGAGCAAUCCUUCCCAAGGCGGAGAUAUGGAAAUGCAAGCUGUGCGACCACCUUCUGCGGGCUUUCAAGGGCCAACCGCGCUGCGCAACCUUACAGCCAGUACGCAAUGA